AUGGAAGAAAUUGAGGAAAAUGCUAACAGUAAUAAGGUAGAUAAAGAAAUAUUAAUCCAGUUUGUUAAUCAUGAGAAUGUUACGACAGGACCUGUUAUAAAUGUUCCUUUAAGUAUUACAAAAGAUAACUUAGAUGAAUUGAUUAAUAAUUUAAAAAGAAAAAAUGAGGAUUUAGGUGAACAAGAGGAAUCAGAAGAUAUAAAUUAUUAUUCCUUUAUGAUUAAUGACAAGUUACCAAUAAAAAAUAGUUUAUAUGAAGCUAUCAAAGAUAAUCAUAUAAGUAGUGAGGAUAUAUUAUCAAUAAAAUAUUUUCCUUUAAAUAUAUUUAAAGUAAAAAAAAUCAGUACAUGUACAUCUACACUACCAGGACAUACAAGUUCAAUUUUAUGUUUAGCUUUUAGUCCCAAUAGUUCUCACCUUGCCACCGGUUCAGGUGAUAAUACUGUUCGUUUAUGGGAUAUAUAUACACAAACACCUAUAGCAACAUUAAACGAUCAUAAAUCUUGGGUUUUGGUGGUUUUGUUUUCACCAGAUAAUAAAUUUUUAGCAACUGCUGGAAUGGAUAGCAAUGUAUGUAUUUACGAAACACAUACAGGAAAACUUUUAAAUACAUUAACAGGACAUAAGAAAGAAGUUACAACUUUGUGUUUUGAACCUUUACACUUGUUAAAAGAAGAAGAUAUAGAGAAUAAUGUGGAUCAUGUAAAUAAAAGAAAAAUUAACUCAAAUGAAGAAAUCGAUCAAUCAGAUAACGCAAAUAAGAAAAUUAAAAAAAAUGAUGAAAAUGAUGUUAUUAUUAAUGGUAAGGACAAUUAUCCAAGUGGACAACAUAAGGACAAGAUGAUGCCUACUGAAGGAGAAACAACAAAUAGUAAAAAUAAUAGUAAAAAUAAUAGUAAAAGAAAUAUUUCACCGAAUAAUACACAGAAUAAUACUACUUCAACAAAUUGUUCUUAUUUUGUAAGGAGCAGACUAGCAAGUGCAGGAAAAGAUGGAAGUAUUCGUAUUAACAAUAUCUUAAGUAAUAGUGUUGAUCAAAUAUUAACGGGUCAUUCGGAUACAAUUACUUGUAUCUUAUGGUCAGGAAGAGAUACAGAAAAUAGUACUUUAUAUAGUAGUUCAAGAGAUACUACUAUUAAAAUAUGGAAUGUAAAUGAAGGAACCUUAAUAUAUAAUUUCAAAGGACAUAAACAUUGGGUUAAUUGUCUUACUUUAAAUUCAGAAAGAUUAUUAAAAAAUGGUAUAUAUAACCUUGAUGUUAUAAUCAAUAAAAUUAAUAUAGUCAAUUAUAUAGAAAAAUCAAAAAAUAUUAUGAAAAACUUUUUUAAAAAUCAACACCAUGAAAAAAUUGUAAGUGGUUCAGAUGAUGGUACAUUAUUUUUAAUUGAGUGCCUACAAAAUAAAGAAUAUAAAAAUACCAGAUUAUUAGGUCAUCAAAAACCUGUAAUUCAUGCACAAUUUUCACCAAAUGGAAAAAUGAUUGUCUCAUCAUCUUUUGAUAAAAGUAUACGUGUAUGGUCAGCUGCUGACGGCAAAUUCUUAGCUGUUUAUCGUGGACAUGUAGGACCGGUAUAUAAAGUUGCAUGGUCCAUAGAUAACAACUUUUUUGUAUCAUGUAGUCAAGAUAGUACUUUGAAAUUGUGGAAGGUUAGCCAUCUUUUUCAACAAAAUGAAAUAACACAAUCAAAUAUAGAAAAAAAGCAAGAAAAGGAACAAAUAAAAAAUCAAGCAGAUAAUCAAAAGGAUAAUCAAAAGGAUAAUCAAGCAAAUAAUCAAAAGGAUAAUCAACAAAAAAAUCAAAAUAAUAAAAAAAUCAAAACAUUACUUGUAGAUUUACCAGGACAUGCUGAUGCAGUUUAUGCAGUCGAUUGGUCAAAUGAUGGGAAAUUUGUUGCUUCAGGUGGAAAAGAUAAAGUAUUAAAAUUGUGGUCCCACUGA